AUGGCCAUGGAUAAAGAAACAAUGUUAACUUUAAUCAAAAGAGAUUGGAACACGGAAGUACAAAAAGAUUCCUCUUUACAGGUUAAAGGUCCAACUUCCCAGGGCUUUCUAAUUGUUGAUGGCCAAAAGUUAUACUAUUCCACUUGGGGAGAAGGAAGCGAAAUUUUGGUCAUCCUUCCUGGGAAUUUAGGUGUCGGGGAAAUGGAUAUGAUCCACUUAGUAAAAAAUGUACCGCAAGGUGUUUUAGUAGUUACAUUUCAUGUUCGUGGUUGUGGUCAGUCAAAGCCUCCCAAUAGAGAGUAUUCUGUCGAUUUCUAUGAACGAGAUGCUGAUGAUUGUGCUAAUAUCAUGCAACAAUUAGGUUAUAAGCGAUAUUCCGUUUUAGGUUGGUGUGAUGGUGGUGUAUCUGCGAUGCUUUUGGCUGCUAACUAUCCUGAUAAUGUUAAAAAAUUAAUCCUUUUAGGCUGCCGUGCUUUUAUUUCAGAAGAGGAUCAAAAUAGAUAUAGGAAUAUGCAAGAUAUAACUAAAUUUAAUCCGUUUAUUUUACGCGAUUUUAUAAAAGUUCAUGGCAAUAAAGAAACCGCUCAAACGAUUUGGUCGUCCUACUUGAAUACAUUUUUUCAAUUAUUUAAUCGCGAUAAUAACUUGUGUCAAUCUGAGUUAACUAUGAUUAAAUGUCCAACAAUUAUCUUACAUGGUAAACAUGACUAUUUGGUACCAGCUUUUCACGCUCAAUACUUACGUGAUCACAUUAAGGGUUCACGAUUACACCUAAUUAGUGAUGGUAGACAUGCAUUACAAUAUCAGUUUCCAGCUAAAAUUGAAAGAUUAGUUAAAACAUUCUUAAUGGAGGAUGCUGUUAUACCUUGGGAUGAACUAUAA